CACUUUUCCUCCCUCGUCAUGCACGCCUCCCUCAUUCGACGCUCCCUCGGCGGACUCGUCCCACCCAAAAUCGCGACCCCCAAGCUCGUGUCUGGCGACUCCGCUGGCCCACUUGGCCCGCUCGUCUCCUUCUACUCCAAGCUUCCGAAGGGCCCAGCGCCGGUCAAGGCUGCUGGCAUCAAGGGGCGGUUCUUCAGCGGGAAAAACGCGAGCGCGAAGCCGGUUCUGAUGCUGAUUGGCGGACUCUGGCUCGUUGGGUAUACGCUGGACUACCAACGUGCGUUCCAACACCACAAGAACCACGCCCACUAG